UCACGAAUUCUGAUUGGCUUGUUUUAUUUCGUGUCUACGGUCUUGCGGAGUGCUCCAUAAAGGCAGUAUUUCUUCAAGAAAAAUGAGUUGCUGAACCGUUUUGUGCAGGAUUGAUGCAUCAUUCUCUCACCUGCAACCACCAAGAUGACAACCUCAGAUCCCAAAUCCAGUGGCAUGACCAAUGGAGGGGCAAGGAUUGUUGUGGAUGGUGAUGACGAAGUCCUUAGCCCCACCGACCUGUCGGAGAUGUUAGCUGAGGGGACCAAGGAGUCCCACGACAGAGCAGAGAACUGCCAGUUUGUCAAAGAUUUCCUCAGAGGCCGCAUCAAACAGGAGCUGUUUAAGAGGGGCACAGCAGCUCUGUACUUUGUCUACACAGCCAUGGAGGAUGAGAUUGAGAAGAAUGCAGACCAUCCUCACAUCGCUCCAAUCUAUUUCCCUGCUGAGGUGCAUCGGCGCGAGGCCCUCGCCCGGGACCUCGAGUACUUCUAUGGAGAGGAUUGGGAGAGCCAGAUCAGCCUCUCCACUGGCACCAAGCCUUAUGUGGACCGCAUCCACGAGGUGGGACAGAAGGACCCGGUGCUGCUGGUGGCCCAUUCCUACACCCGCUACAUGGGUGACCUUUCAGGCGGACAAAUCCUCAAGAAAGUGGCCCAGAGGGCGCUGAAACUCCCCUCAACAGGCGAGGGCCUUAACUUUUACCAGUUUGAGGGGAUCCACAGUCACAAAGGCUUCAAGCAGCUUUACCGUAGCAGGAUGAAUGAGCUAGAACUGGACGUUGAAACCAAAGAAAGGAUUGUUGGCGAGUCCAACCGAGCCUUCAGCUUUAAUAUGAUGGUUUUUACAGAGCUUGAAGAGAUUGGGAAGACUAUCAAAGAAGAAGUCCAAGAUGCAGGGUUAGGAGUAGGACACAGUCAUGCAGAGAUCAUGGAUGGAGGUGAUAUCAACAAGUGUCCCUACUAUGCAGCAAAAAUGGCUGCCAGUGGAAAUCCCACCUACGCCUGCCAGUUAGCCAUGACGCUUCUCAGACACCCCCCCUGUCAGUGGGCCCUGGCUGCCUGGGUGGCUCUCCUCGCUGGCUUCACUGCCUGGUACCUUCUGUAAACUCUGUCAGACUUAACCCUUGUCAUCAGCUCUGAGCAGAGCAUAGAACAUUGUUUCAUCCUGCUAAACGUUAAUCCCUCUUCAUGGUGAAUGAUAUUCAGCCUGAAAGUAGCAAACAAUAAAACAGGAAAUGAA